ACAUCCAGAACAAAGGUUCUACAUACAACCAACCACAACCAUAAAAAAGAUAAAUAAAAAAAAAGGAUAGAAGCCUUAACCAAAAGCAAUGGAAGCCAGUAUCCUUCCCCUCUCUCAUCCUCUUCAUUCAUCCUCCCCUUUCAGAAGACCGACGUCCCUCAAAAUCCAACCUUCCCAUCUCAGACUUACUCUUCUCCACGCUGUCAGCAGCAAUGGAGAGACCAGCACCAACAGCGACGAUGACGGCCAAAACAAAGCAGAUGAAACAUCAGCGACAACUCCUCGGCCAGCACUAAACACCCUCAACAUCCGUUACCGUGCACGAUCAAAGAGACAAGCGCGCAAGCAGCAGGAACAAGAACAGCAGAGCUUCAAGCCCCCGCCACCACCGAAGAAGGAAUGGGAGUCCAUGACACUGGCAGAGAAGGCAGUAGAGCUUUACGUAGGAGAGAAGGGGCUCUUGUUCUGGCUCAAUAAAUUUGCAUAUGCCUCUAUCUUCAUUAUUAUUGGUGGAUGGAUUGUGUUCAGGUUUGUGGGCCCGUCUCUCGGUUUGUAUGAGCUUGAUGCUCCGCCGUUGUCUCCAACUAGUAUUCUCAAAGGAUCACCAUGAAGGAAGGGGAUGUUGGUAUCUGUUUUGUUUCAGUAUUGGAUCAGUUUGAUUGUUUAUAAGAGUUAGCUACUCUUUGUUUAUUUCUAUCAUUUGUGUGUAUGUUAUAUUGGAAAGCUAUGCAUUAACAAUCACAACGA